AUGGAUUUUUUUUUCCCAAAAUUGAAUUGUUUUUCUAAACUGAGCAAACUAACACAUUUAAAUUUAAGAGAUAACAACUUUGACAACAAAAUUUUAAGAUCCUUAGGUGCCCUCCCAGUUCUUAAAUUUCUGGAUCUAAGUUUCAAUAGCAUGUGGCCUCUUUCUAGCCAAAAACUGAGUUAUCUAAGCAACUUGAAGGUCCUCAUCUUGAGAUUGAAUGGUCUUAAUGGAAGCCUACCAUUCAAGGAUAUGGCAAAUUUCAGCAAUUUGGAGAUUUUAGAUUUGAGUGAAAAUGAUUUCACUGAAAGCAUUAAUCCAUAUAUCGGAGCGUUAUCUUCUCUCAAGGCUAUAUCAUUAUCUUAUAAUAAUGGACUCAAUGGAAGAUUAAACACUUCAGAGUUUUGUGCGCUGAAGAAACUUGAAGAGAUAGAGCUUGCUGGUAAUGACUUUGAAGGGAUGCUUCCUUCGUGCCUAAACAAUUUGACAUCUCUUUCGUACUUGGAUAUAUCUAGCAACUGGUUCAAUGGAAACUUGUCUUCAUCUCCAAUAGCCAGCCUAACAUCCCUUGAGUACAUUGAUCUGAGUUAUAAUCUUUUUGAAGGUUUAUUCUCAUUCAGCUUAUUUGCUAAUCACUCCAAGCUUAAGGUGAUUCAAUUUUUUAGUGAUAACAACAAACUUGAUAUAGAAACUGAGAAUCACAGUUGGGACCCUCUGUUUCAAUUAAAGGUCCUAGUACUAUCUAAAUGUAAUCUCAAUAAGCUUACUGACAACUUUCCUAAGUUUCUCUUGGACCAACAUGAAUUGGAAGUCGUUGAUAUCUCUCACAGUAAAUUGAAUGGAAGCUUCCCCAUAUGGUUGCUUGAAAACAAUACUGGAAUACAAUGGUUAAAUCUUCGAAGUAACUCUUUCACGGGCGAGUUUCAUUUGCCGUCAGAUCACUACAUGAAUCUUCGUUGGUUGGAUCUCUCAGACAAUCACUUCGAUGGGAAACUUCAAGAAAAUAUCAGAAAGUGGAUUCCAAAGUUAGAAUAUCUAAAUUUAUCCCAAAAUCAAUUUGAAGGUAAUCUUCCAUCCUCAAUAGGUGACAUGAGUAAUUUAAUGCUUUUGGACUUGUCCUUCAAUAAUUUUUAUGGAGAGGUACCAAUGGAAUUGGUUGCCAAUUGCACUUCCUUGAAAUUUUUGAGGUUUUCUAAUAAUAACUUUCAUGGUGAAAUUUUCUCAAAGCACUUCAACCUAUCCUUGUUUUCUUUAGAAUUGCAAAAUAACAAUUUCACAGGCGCUCUUCCAGUUGUACCCCUAAAGGUAUGGGAGCUCCUUAAUAUUGGCAACAACCACAUGACAGGUACAAUUCCUCUAGGGAUAGUAAAUGGUAGUACGUCACCAUUAGAUGUUGUUGACUUGAGCAGCAACUCUUUUGAAGGCCAGAUUCCAUGUGGACUACCUUCAUCUAAUAUAAUAAACCUUUCUCAUAACUUGCUUUCAGGAUUAUUACCUUCUUGCUUGAAUCUACGAGAUGUUACACACGUACUUUUGGAAGGGAACAAACUCACAGGGUCAUUACCAAAAGCUAUUCUAAAUUCAUCAUCUCAUGUGACGUUGGACAUUAGAGAUAAUCACUUUAUCGGCAGCAUCCUUGAUGAAAUUGAUGGACUUUCCAACUUAAAAGUGCUUUCGUUAAGUGGCAAUCAUUUUAGUGGUGUGAUUUCAAAGCAGUUGUGUCGGUUAAAGAGGAUAGGCAUAAUGGAUCUUUCCAAUAACUUUUUUUCUGGGACAAUACCGUACUGCUUUAACAACAUAUCCUUUGGGAAGCCAGCUGCUAGUUAUCUUUUUUAUACAUACAUUUAUCUUGGGAUAAGAGGUUUUUCCCUACCAUAUAAAUCUCUUCUAAAUAGGGAUUUUCAAAUCGAAGGUUUUGACUUCUAUGAAGUAAGUUCUUUUAGGAGGAAUGUCUAUGAACAAGUUAAGGUUGAGAUUGUGACAAAAUAUAGGCAUGAUUUGUACAAAGGUCGCAUCCUUGGUAUGAUGUCUAUACUGGAUUUGUCAUUAAACAAGCUAAUAGGUGAAAUCCCGCCAAAACUAGGACAGUUAUCUUCCAUUCGUGGACUGAACUUGUCUCACAAUCACUUGACAGGUCCUAUUCCAAAAACUUUCUCAAAUUUGACUGUGUUGGAAAGUUUAGACCUUUCUCACAACAAUUUGAGUGGGGAAAUUCCUUCAGCAUUUAUUAAUUUGAACUCUCUCAAAAUUUUCAAUGUGGCUCACAAUAACCUAUCAGGUAAACUUCCAGACUUUAAAGCACAAUUUGGAACAUUUGAAAAUAGUAGCUAUGAAGGAAAUCCAUUUCUUUGCGGUCCACCGCUAAAGAAAAGUUGCACUGAGAAUGAUGAGCAAGUGGGGGGAAAACGUUACGAAUCCGAUCUUCUAUUCUUCUAUGCAAGUUUUUGGGUAUCAUACAUUAUUUUCUUUUUCGGUGUGAUCAGUAUUCUUUAUAUUAAUCCUCAUUGGCGGCAACGAUGCUUUAACUUGGUUGAGGAUCGAAUGUACUGGUAUCGCCAUUUUGCUCUAAAUUCUCUAAAGCUGCUAAACCGUACGUGUCAUUAG